AUGUUAACUCCUGCAUCCCUGCGCUGCUGGCAGUCUCUGGGCAGGAGAAGGGGCUUCUUGCUGCUGCAGACAUGCAGGGUGACUGGGACCCAGAACAGGACCAUAGUAGGGGCUGCAGCAGGGGUAGCAGAGGGGGAAAAGAAAUUGAAGACAUUUGAUGAUCUGCCUGGACCGUCACUUCUCAACAACAUCUACUGGGUCUUCCUGAGAGGAUACCUGCUGUAUUCACACGACUUACAGGUACGUUUAACCUUUAUGUUCCAGGCUCACAGAGAUGGAGCAUUGCAAUGCCACCCACCAUUUAAGUUUCAGGGAACCAGAUAAUGACACUAGCAAUACCUGAACUGAAGGGCAAUGAACUUGGGUUGAAUCAGUGCUACAAAUUGUUGUUCUCUUCAGUUAUAUAAAAAUGAGCUCUUUUUUUUUUUUUUUCCUCAAAUGUGCGUUCUUCUGUUGCACAGAAUCUGCGUACUUCUAUUAUGUGUUGCUAAUUUAAAUGGUACCGGUCAUUGCUGUUACAAAGUUUACUCUUUUGAAAGAGCAUUAAAGUUUGUUUAUACAUUGUGCGAGCAGUUUUUCCAGCAAAUGUAUAAUUUGUGAGGAAAAACCUAUUUAACAAUGGUUCAGGCAGCCAGCUUGGCAUGCAAUCAUAUCCCCUUUAUUGGGCACGACUCACCCGUUAGCACAUCUCCAGUGAUGCACACAGUAUCUUUGUCAUGCCCCCCAUAGUGAAUUCAGAUUUAUACACCCCAAUGUCUUAGUGUUAGGGGGUGUGCAUGCGUGUACUUGUGAAAUCAACCAGUAUGUGUGUGAAUGCAGAGGUGUACAGCAGUUUGCUGGAGGGAGUAUGAAUCAUUUUCUAUAUGAGAAAAAAAAACCAGAAAAAAAGGUGCGCUGUACUUUACCCCCUUAAGGACACAACAUCUGGAAUAAAAGGGAAUCAUGACAGAAUAUUUCCGUCAUGUGUCCUUAAGGGGUUAAAGUGCAAAAUCAUAUAGUAGCAUAAACAUGCAGAAACAGUGAAUUGUCAUAAAGUGCAACAAUCUGUGUCAACACUCUUAUUCACAUAUACAUCAAUCUGUGUGAAUAACCAACUCAGUGUAAGCUUCAGGAACCACUUAAAGUGAUAUUGUGCAUAAAAAUAACAACUUACACUAGCAGCAACUCUUCAGUUAAAUCACAUCUCCAAAUAUAGGAACAUAAAAGGAACAAAACAAAUAUAGUGUGAUGUAAAAUAAAUGGAUAAAAUUAUUGGUGAGAUAAGCUCACAAAUAUAGAGCAGAUGAGUCUUCUCCAAACUUUGACAGCCCAAGUAAAAACUUCCACUCUGGCCAGUGAAACAAGUGAACAGUUUUAUUGAAGACAGAUAAAAAUAAAUCUCACCUGGGUCUCUUCUGGAAGAACAAGCUUGCUUCUGGACGCGUGCAGUUGCCAGCCUGCAAAAGUAUUACAUGCACCUUCCUAGUACAGCAGUCUUCGUGGUCGUGAUACUUCCGGGAGGCGGGGUUUGCGUGGUGACGUCAAGUUUGAGGAAGCCAUUGAUUCGACGAAACGCGUCAUCUGACUUGACGUCACCAUGCAAACCCCGCCUCCCGGAAGUAUCCCGAACGCGAAGACUGCUGUACUGAGAAGGGGGACAUGGGCUGAGUAAGGGGACAGGGACUAAGGAAGGGGCUGAGGAGCGGGACAUGGGCUGAGUAAGGGGACAGGGACUGAGGAGCAGGACAUGGGCUGAGAAGGGACAGGAACUGAGGAGGGUCUGAUUUAAAAAAAACCUCCCUUACCUUGCAGGAUCUGGAGUGGAGUAGGCCAGGGCCAGAGGCAGAGCCAGAGGCAGGGCCAGAGCCAGAGGCAGGGCUGGAGCCAGAGGCAGGGCCAGAGGCAGGGCCGAAGUCAGAGGCAGGGACAGAGGCAGGGACAGAGCCAGAGGCAGGGCCAGAGGCAGGGCCGAAGCCAGAGGCAAGGCCGGAGUCAGAGGCAGGGCCAGAGCCAGAGGCAGGGCCAGAGCUAGAGGCAGGACCAGAGCCAGGGCCAGAGCAAGAAGCAGAGCCCGAGCCAGAGGCAGGGCUGGACACAGAGGCAGGGCACGAGCCAGAGGCAGAGCCAGGGCCAAGGCCAGAGGCAGAGCCAGAGCCAGAGGCAGGGCCAGAGCCAGAGGCAGGGCCUGAGCCAGAGGCAGGGCCAGAGCCAGAGGCAGGGCCGAAGCCAGAGGCAGGGACAGAGCCAGAGCCAGAGGCAGGGCCAGAGCCAGAGGCAGGGCCGGAGCAAGAGGCAAAGCCAGAGGCAGGGCCGAAGCCAGAGGCAGGGCCGGAGUCAGAGGCAGGGCCAGAGCCAGAGGCAGGGCCAGAGCCAGAGGCAGGGCCAGAGCUAGAGGCAGGACCAGAGCCAGGGCCAGAGCCAGAAGCAGAGCCCGAGCCAGAGGCAGGGCUGGAGCCAGAGCCAGAGGCAGGGCCCGAGCCAGAGGCAGGGCCGAAGCCAGAGGCAGGGCCGGAGCCAGAGCCAGAGGCAGGGCCGAGGCCAGAGGCAGGGCCAGAGCCAGAAGCAGGGCCAGAGCCAGAGGCAGGGCCCGAGCCAGAGGCAGGGGAUUCGGAUUUGUGCUGCCCCUCUGCUCUGGCGGUCGCUUGUGCCAGCCCUGGGUCCUGCAGGACUAGUAACGGGAACUGCGUUCCAGCUGUGGAAAAAGUGCAGAGAGAGAGGCAGGGCCAGAGCCAGAGGCAGGGCCAGAGCCAGAGGCAAGGCCGAACCCAGAGGCAGGGCCAGAGCCAGAGGCAGGGCCAGAGCCAGAGGCAGGGACAGAACCGGAGCCAGAGGCAGGACCGGAGCCAGGGCCAGAUCCAGAAGCAGAGACCGAGCCAGAGGCAGGGCUGGAGCCCGAGCCAGAGGCAAGGCCAGAGUCCGAGCCAGAGGCAGGGCCGGAGCCAGAGGCAGGGCCGAGGCCAGAGGCAGGGCCAGAGCCAGAAGCAGAGCCCGAGCCAGAGGCAGGGCCCGAGCCAGAGGCAGGGCCAGAACCAGAGGCAGGGGAUUCAGAUUUGUGCUGCCCCUCUGCUCUGGCGGUCGCUUGUGCCAGCCCUGGGUCCUGCAGGACUAGUAACGGGAACUGCGUUCCAGCUAUGGAAAAAGUGCAGGAACGCCAUUCCCAUGUGUUCCUGCAGGACUCUAACCCUGCUUACACCCCUUUGUGUGUCUCUUACUUCCCUUAGCCCCUUUGUGUGUCUCUUCGCCCUCCACCCUCACCCCACCUUCUUUAUGCAUCUCAUUCUUUCCUUCAGGCCCUUUCUGAGGCUUUUUCCUCCAAUGCCAUAUAGAUAUAGAUAGCAACACACAAGCAAACAGGCACACAGAAUUAUUCAGGCACACAAUCAAACAAACACAGUCAUACAGGCACACAGUAGUACAAUCUACACAUACAAGUACACUGUCAUAUAGAGACGUACAGACACAGUCAUGCUGAGACAUACAGACACUGUCUGUUACAUCAUGCCAUAUUCUGCGGAGAUGUCUGGCUUUGGCUUCUGGUAUCCAGUACUCUUUUUACAAUUCUUGUUUAGUUUUUCUUGUUUUUUUUUGUUUUCUAUUCUAUGUCUGGUUUUCUUUAUGCUGGGAUUUUCUGGGUUCAUUCCUGUAAUUCCCAGUUUCCAGGUUUCCUUUAAAUGUUUGUUUUAUGUUGCUACACCCGUUUGUUUUCCACCAUUCCUUUUGUUUCAGUACCCUGCAGGCAGCUGCUCAAGCCUUCUGCCCUUUCUUGCAGGUAAGUGCUAUUGUGGUUUAGUAUGGUUCUUUUAGCGAACAUUAGGCAGUGUAGGACCUGCCAGAUAUGGGGUACAUUGGCGUUGUGGCAGGCUUAUUCAAGGUAUGAUCAUAUAAUGUAACUAAAUCCCCAUACUUUUCAUAUAUAGUGCUUAGUUAUGUCUCCUCUUGUUUUGCCUAUCAUAUCUUGUCUUGUUUUAUUUUGUAUUCCCAGUCCAUGUACAGUCCUGUCCAGUCCUGCCGCUGUUUAGUUAAUGUUCCCUUAUGUAUUGUGUACAUGUUCUGGGUUUAGCUUCCUAUCCUUCUCUGGUUCGGGGUUCUACUAGUUCUGUCUUGUUUUCAUGUUUGGUCCCUGUUCUAGUCUUGCCUUGUUUCUAAUACUGGAUACAUCCUAGCAUUCAUCUGCUCUGGCUUCCACUAUGCUACUACAGGGUCUUGGUUUGUGGCCGCACAAAAGCUGGUGCUCAACACCAGGGGGCGUACGGUUACCCUGCACCAGGCCCUGAUAGUCCAUUACCUCGCUGAAGGCUCCGCUCAUCUCCACUUCAGGCACUCAGGGGUCCCGGUUUCCGUUCCGCCACCCGUGACAGUCAUACUGAGACAUACCUUGCAAAUACGUUUCAUUGAGCUGCAUUGGAAAUUCUGUGAUUGGACAGACAUAGAAUGUCUGGGCGGGGUUAAAAUGGAAGGGCUUGCAAAGGCUACAGACAAGAAAACUGCAGCUUUUGCAAGCUGUUUUUAGAUAUACCACAAUAACAAAAAAUCAUAAUUAAAUGCAUACAUGUUUUAAUUGGGGGUAGAGGGUCCCUUUCAAUUUGAAAUUCACUUUGAAAUCCUCUGAUAAAUCAACCUGUGAAUCUUUUCAAAUAUAGAGCUCUCUGUAAGUGGGAUUUUAGUGAACCAGUCCAUUAAAGGAACACUAUAGUCACCUAAAUUACUUUAGCUAAAUAAAGCAGUUUUAGUGUAUAGAUCAUUCCCUUGCAAUUUCACUGCUCAAUUCACUGUCAUUUAGGAGUUAAAUCACUUUGUUUCUGUUUAUGCAGCCCUAGCCACACCUCCCCUGGCUAUGAUUGACAGAGCCUGCAUGAAAAAAAAACUGGUUUCACUUUCAAACAGAUGUAAUUUACCUUAAAUAAUUGUAUCUCAAUCUCUAAAUUGAACUUUAAUCACAUACAGGAGGCUCUUGCAGGGUCUAGCAAGCUAUUAACAUAGCAGGGGAUAAGAAAAUCUUAAUUAAACAGAACUUUCAAUAAAGAAAGCCUAAAUAGGGCUCUCUUUACAGGAAGUGUUUAUGGAAGGCUGUGCAAGUCACAUGCAGGGAGGUGUUACUAGGGUUCAUAAACAAAGGGAUUUAACUCCUAAAUGGCAUAGGAUUGAGCAGUGAGGCUGCAGGGGCAUGUUAUAUACACCAAAACUGCUUCAUUAAGCUAAAGUUGUUCAGGUGACUAUAGUGUCCCUUUAAUAUGCUGAGAAAGGGCUGGUUAACAUGUAAACUCUGCUGAAAAACAGUUACUGAUGAAUUCAUAUUGUGAUCUUAUCCUUCAUUUUGUAACAUAUCAGAUCAUUUUCAAGAAGAAAUAUGGCCCUAUGUGGAAAACGUCUAUGGGACUUCAAAAAACAGUGAAUGUUGCUGAUGUGGAUUUAAUAGAAGCCAUCCUUAGACAGGAGGGAAAAUAUCCAAUGAGAACCGACAUGGAUCUUUGGAAAGUCCAUCGUAAUAUGAGGGAUCUGGCCUAUGGUCCAUUUACAGAGUGAGUUUAAAGAAUUCCUUUCACCAACCCAUCAUUCAUGGAAUGUAUUGUCUAUGCAAAGCAUGUAGAUCUGGGAACAGAGAGAGGUCUGUUCAUUUCUACCACUUCCCAAAUUACCAAGUUCUGUAUCAGUCUUGUCAUUUGUAACCAAUUCAAAAGAUAACUCCAUUAAACUACAUUCUUCUAGUUGUGCUACAUUUUCUCAAUAUUAACUCACUUCAUCCCAGAGAAAGGGAGGGAGAUAAAUAACUUUUAAAAGGUUCUAAAAUAUGCCAGUAUCACUGUGUUGCAAGGCAGCAGAAUACAUAAAUGGUGCUGUGAAAAGAAGAAGCUGCAGAUUGGCAGAGGCACCAAUUAGUACAGAAAGAUUUUCACACAAGCCAGCAUUAUAUCAAACAGUAAAAGGUUUAAACACACAUUACUUAGUGAGCCAAAAGUACAAAGAGUGUCCCAGUCUAUACUUGGAACACUCUCACCGGCAGUAGCGCAGAGAUGUAAAGGGCCGUUGUCAGGACUAGCGUGCCCAUGUUAAUAGAGCAUCUUCGGAUACACAUUUAGGCACUUUAACAACAAUUGUAAAUAUUGAGGUGUGUGGUCAAAAGUGGGGAGAUGUGAGUUAAUUAAUGGAUUGGGGGGAUUCAACAAAUUUGAGAAGUCCCUGUUUUUAUUUUUUUAUGACUUGAUAAAUGGUAUACAACAGAGAAUACAUUUGUAUUGUUUGGAUAUAUGCACAAAAGGACAUGAUUGUGGACCUGUGAAUUAAAGAGGAGCUGCCCUGCUUUUAGUUCUUUCUACAAAGAGUUUAUUUGUCUAUUUGGUAUCAAAUGAGAAUCAUAGUAAGCUAGAAGUGGUUCUUUUUAAUAAUUGUUACCAUGUUAAACAAGUGUCAACUGCACUUAAAAGGAGCACUAAGUAAUACAAGGUAGAAAAUGCAGACAAAGAUAAGCGCUAUUUAACCAGACCCCAUACAAUUUAGAGAUAUUGAACAGGUAGGCAGCACACCUUAAAGUUUAGGGCUCCCUCUUAGCCCUACGUACAGAUACAAUGGUAAAAGAAGGAUAGGGGGAAAGGUUGCACCAAAACAAUAGUCGUCCACUAUUUAUAAGCAACACAAAAAGCUAUUAUAAUAGAAUAAAAUAUAUGAGUAAAAUGGUAACUAUUACAAAAAAUGAUAGAUAUUGUAGAAAAAAGUCCAGAAUAGGAGCAUAGACUUGCCAGAAGAGAUGACUUGGGAAUUCUUUAGAGAAUAUUCUUUCGCCAGGGGAUCAGAGUUAGAAGAAGUCUUGCAAUUCGUAUAUAUAAAAAACAGAGAGAGAAUAAUAGUGUAAUAUAUCCCAAAAUGUUUGCAUAUAUUAAAAGGUCUAUAUGGUUCUACUCACAUCUUUUAGAGCUAUGACCAGCUCUAGCAUGGAUAGCGUACAGUGGUACAAUCCCCACUUAUAGGAUACGUGAGACGUUGAUAGUUUUUUCAAUGUUGUGAAGACCAUAAUAUGAUAAAAGGAACAAUAAUAGUGCUCACUGUUUUAAAAACUCAAGGAGUGUAGAAAUUUAUAAAUUAGUACUCGCAUUUGAUUGAGAACGCAAGCUGCUCAAUGAAUAGCGCUUAAGUGGUAUAAUCCCCACCUAGUAUUCUUUAGAGUAGUCCUCACUGGCCUCCUGAGUAUAACAGUACUCCUCACGUACAGGUUUUAUAGUGUUUUUGAAAGUUACAGGUUCAAAUAUAAGGCUUGAUUUUCAGUUUUUUUCACAUUGAAAUUUGACAGAUUGGUUAUGUUGCCUUUGAGAGCCUAUGGAAGCCCAGGAAUGAGAAUUACCUCCAUGACGGCAUACCAUUUGCAAAAGAAGACAACCCAAGGUAUUGCAAAUGGGGUAUGUUCAGUCUUUUUUAGUAGCCACUUAGUCACAAACACUGGCCAAAGUUAGCAUUCAUAAUUGUUUUUUGCAUUUUAUCACACAAAGAAAUAUAAAUGCUAAUUUUGGCCAGUGGCUACUAAAAAGACUGGACAUACCCUAUAUUGAAAACCCUGAGUUGUCUACUUUAAAAAAAUAUGUACAUGUGAGGUGUGAUUUAGAGAUUUAUUAAAGAUGUUACAAUGUCACAAUUUAUACAUUUUAAAAAUAUAUAUUUUGAAACAGCAAUGUCCUACUUGUACUUAUAGCCCUAUAACUUGCAAAACAAAGCUGAGAACAUGUUAACAUUGGGUAACAUUUCUAAACUCAGGACAAAAUUGAGAAACUGUUUAGCACAGGUGUUUUUUGGCUGUUGUAGAUGCAUAACAGAUUUUGGGGGUCAAAGUUAGAAAAAGUGUUUUUUUGUUUUUUUUAAAUGUCAUUAUAUUUUAUAAUUUGUUUUUUAGUAAAUGAUAUGAUGAAAAUAAUGGUAUCUUUAGAAAGACCAUUAAAUGGAAAAAAACAGUAUAUAAUAUGUGUGGGUACAGUAAAUGAGUUAAAAGAAAAUUACAGCUAAACAGACCUGGUCCUUAAUGGAAAAAAAAUUUAAAUACGUCUGUCACUAAGUGGUUAAAAGUUUCUAUCAUAUCCCCCCGUCUUGUCUUUCCUCCAAGCUAUACAUGUUAAGUUCCUUUAACCUUUUCUGGUAAGUUUUAUUCUGCAAUCCAUGAACCAGUUUAGUAGCCCUUCUCUGAACCCUCUCUAAAGUAUCAAUAUCCUUCUGAAGAUACGGUCUCCAGUACUGUGUACAAUACUCCAAGUGAGGUCUCACCAGUGUUCUGUACAAUGGCAUGAGCACUUCCCUCUUUCUACUGCUAAUACCUCUCCCUAUACAACCAAGCAUUCUGCUAGCAUUUCCUGCUGCUGAAAUAAUUACCCCUAAAUCCCUUUCCUCAGAUGUUGUAUCAGACAUUCUGUUCUCUGCUCCUGGGUUUUUACAUCCAAGAUGCAGCUUAUCCAAUGCAGCUCAAUGAGAAGUCUUUGCAAGGCCGGUGCUCUGGGCAAAUGCUGCCUCUUGCAUUUAGUGCAACUAAUACAACCAAACCAAGAAGUAACAGGACCUGUCAUCUGCUUGAAAAGCCAGGGAGAUGUAAACAGUACAAUUUAUAUUUUUUAUUGAAAUCUGCUCUUUUUCUAAAAUGAAAAAAAAGAAAACACACCCUUCACACAUAAAGCUAUUUGGCAAGUUAAAGUGAUUUUGGGGUCUGCAGUGUCCCUUUAAAGAAUCCUCAUAGGAAAGCACGAAAUCAAUACUUUUCUAUGGGGUCAUUUGAAACUGAUGCAAAGUGUGAGGAUUUCUAAUGUCCUUUCACAGCGUAAAACUCUGUUAGGGACCCGGUAGCGCUUCUAGUGGCUGUCUAGAAGAAAGCCAAUAGAGGUGGUGUAAACCCUGCAAUGCACUUAUUGUGUUUCUCAAAAAAAGUAAGGAUUUACAUUGCAGGGUUAAGGUCACUGGGACAGAGCACCCAGACCACUACAAUGAGAUAAAGUGGUCUGGGUGACUAUAGUGUCCUUUUUAAUAUCCUUAAUACUUUAUGCAUUAUUAUAAAAUAAUUUAAUAAUUUAGGUAGUUUCCAUUCUUUUUGUUGCUUCUGUUUUACCGCUUGAUUGUAUACGUUUAUAUAAGAUGAACCCCAUGUUCCGUGCUUUCAGGGAAGGUCACCGUUGGCACACACUACGAAAAGUACUGAAUAAGAGAAUGCUGCUGCCCCAGGAAGCGGUGUUGUACACGGGAUCAGUUAAUGAAGUGGUUACAGACUUUCUGCUCAGACUGGAUGAGAUGAGAAAGGAAUCUCCUUCAGGAGUUAUGGUCAAUGACCUACCAAACGCCCUCUACAGAUUCGCCUUUGAAGGUUGUAGUUUUUAAAAUACUUUGUGAAACUAACCUGUUUGUAUACAGCCAUGCUGCCUUAAUGCAAGACAUUGGAUGAAAUGAGGGCUAGCCAAUGGAUGGAUAAAAUCACACACUCACAUUCAGAUAGUUUGACUCCCGUAAUUCAGUAUACAAUAAAUUGUAAAUACAUUGGGGUAUAUUCACUAAAAUGGAUAUCGUGGAGAAUUGACAAGAGAAUUACACAUAUUAGUCGCUAAACUGGAAACAUAACUAAAUUGAAGAACUUUAACAGUUUGGCUAUUUUGGCUUUAAAUGUUGAAUUAUCUUCUUAAUUCUCCACUAGUGAUGUCCCGAACGGUUCGCGAAUGGUUCGCCACGAACGGUUCACCACGGACUCAUCAUUGAGUAAACUUUGACCCUGUACCUCACAGUCAGUAGACACAUUCCAGCCAAUCAGCAACAGACCCUCCCUCCCAGAUCCUCCCAUCUCCUGGACAACUCACUAAGAAUGCAGCUUCAAAAUGGAUGCUGUCCAGGAGGUGGGAGGGUCUGGGAGGGAGGGUCUGCUGCUGAUUGGCUGGAAUGUGUCUGCUGACUGUGAGGUACAGGGUCAAAGUUUACUCAACGAUGAGUCCGUGGCGAACCGUUCGUGGCGAACCGUUCGGCGAACCGUUCGGGACAUUACUAUUCUCCACUAGUGAAUUAUCGUGAUUAAUUUUGUGGAAUUGUUGAACGAUUAGCACAUAUGACUUAUUGUAAUAUUUAUUCUCCAAGAUAAAUAUUUAUAAAUACAUAAUUAGUAUAAUCAAUGAGACCUAAUCUUUCACCAUUGCAUUGUAUGUGUUUACAUUGAUCAAACAAGAUGUAAAAUGCGUUCAGUAAGAUUUUGGAAAACUAUUGAUGUUUACAUUAUUAUUACAAUUAUCUUUUUUUAUAUGACUGCUGGUUCAUGGAUUUUGGACAAGUAGACUUGUCUUUAUUCAUUAAUAGUGUCCGUCAAUCCUGUUCACAGGAUCCUCCAAGAGGACAUGAUUUGAGAACAUUAUAGCUAUGAUUCACCGUACGUCAGUGGAACUGUCUGAGACACUGAUAAAGUCCCUUGUGUUAAAGUGUUAACCCAGGAUAUCAGAGAUGUUGGAGAUAUCAUAAAAUGUUGGCCUGUUAUUGACUCUCAUGGAUAAGUUUGAGAUGUACUCACCUGACCCAGUGAAGGAAAACAUCUGACUGAUUGGACUGCUUCAUUAAGGUUGAACCAACAGCCAUCCAUGGGUCAGUCAUUCAAUGAGAACUGAACCUUUCCUUACUUAUAAAACUUACCAGGAAAGGUUAAAGGAUCUUGACAUCUAUAGCUUGGAGGAAAGACGAGACAGGGGGGAUAUGAUAGAAACAUUUAAAUAUAUAAAGGGAAUCAACACAGUAAAGGAGGAGACUAUAUUUAAAAGAAGAAAAACUACCACAACAAGAGGACAUAGUCUUAAAUUAGAGGGACAAAGGUUUAAAAAUAAUAUCAGGAAGUAUUACUUUACUGAGAGGGUAGUGGAUGCAUGGAAUAGCCUUCCAGCCUAAGUGGUAGAGGUUAACACAGUAAAGGAGUUUAAGCAUGCGUGGGAUAGGCAUAAGGCUAUCCUAACUAUAAGAUAAGACUAGGGACUAAUGAAAAUAUUUAGAAAAUUGGGCAGACUAGAUGGGCCGAAUGGUUCUUAUCUGCCGUCACAUUCUAUGUUUCUAUGUUUCUAUGUUACUUCUCUUUAGUCCUUACGAGAACUUUAUCUUUAGAGUAGCUAUUUAUUUUACAGAAGUCAUACAACUUCUUGUUCACUUAUUUUAGGUAUUUCUUACAUUCUGUUUGAGACUCGGAUCGGUUGCUUGAAGAAUCAGAUACCUGCAGAGACUCAGAACUUCAUAAAAUCUAUCGCUGACAUGAUGAAGUACAAUAUAAUUAUAGUUCUCCUUCCACAGUGGACCAAUGACAUCCUGCCAUUCUUUAAAUACUACAUAGAAAGCUGGGACAAUAUCUUUAACUUUGGUGAGUAGUUUUAUUAAAAUAAUUCUCUCCUCGUUAGUCUUGUACUGGAACAUUCAUAAUCUUGAUUUUCCAAUUUAGGAAAAAAGUUGAUUGACCAGAAGAUACAGACCAUACAGGAUCGUUUGGAAUGUGGUGAAGAAGUAAAGGGUGAAUACUUGACAUAUUUACUAUCCAGUGGAGAGUUAACACCUAAGGAAGUGUACGGCAGUGUGGCUGAACUGCUAUUGGCUGGAGUGGACACUGUAAGUAAAUAUUAGUUACUUAUUUUAAAAACAUAUUUAAAAAAAAUAGUUAGCAUGAAAGUGUAACUCUUUCAGAGUGUUGUUUUUUAAAAUUAAUUAAUUAAUAAUUCUUUAGGGCCCAGGCUCCAUCCUUCCAUCCCAAAGACAACAUUAAGGAACACAUUGAUUCCCCAUUGCUAUGUUUGGGAACUGCUAAUAUAGAUUAAAAAAUCCAAGAAAUUGGGUAGACAAUUUCAUAGCCCAUUAAAUGUUGCAUUCAGCUGUAGUUGUUAUAGUGCUUGGAGAGUGUAACCUAGUCUUACUGCAUUCUUUUUAUAGAGUAAAAGGUGUGAGGUCAGCUCAGGAACAAAGUUCAACCGUAGCGUAUUGCGUAAAUACAAUUAGAAUAUAAGGGAUUUAUUCACUAAUCCACAAAUUGUGGUAAAAUGACAACAGAAUAGAAUAUUCUCAGCCAAAUGAAUCAAACUGGAAAAAUUCUGAAAAUCUGAAAUGUUUUUCAGCUCGGAUACAUCACUCUAUCAUUUUCAAUCUCCCGCUCAGUUCUAACUCUCCUGUUGUUACUGGUUCAUUUUUUGUAUCUGCCUCAUCUCUCAUUAAUGAGAUGAAAGAAAAUAAAUUGAUGUGGAUGGAUAGCUUUACAAAUUAAAGUGUUGCGCAAUAGGUUGGCGCCAUAUAAACGCCAAAAAAUAAUAACACUAAGAAUAAUAAAAUGCAUGCUCACUGCAAAAUGCUCUGUUUGCUAAAUUAAUUUGAAUAUAAUAUUGAACCUGAUGGGCUUUUGUAUUUUUUUUUAAGGUAUUUAAUUAUGCAAUGUAUGCUUUUAUGUGAAUUUAUGGCAUCCAGCCCAUCAUCAGCCACAGUAAUAAAUUCUCCACAUUAUCGGUGCGGCCCCAUCAGAUAAUUUGGCCUAAACAUAUAUACAUGCAUUAUGCAUAUAUCAAUCGUUCGCCAGCCACAUACCUACAAAUCAUAAUUUGACAGUCAUUCCCAACUUUGCUGGGGCCCUGCCGUUCUGCCCUAUUUGACCAGAUUAUGGUUUGGCCUGCUUUGGUUUAUACUAUCUGAUAUCCCUAUAUAUGCGUAAUGUCAGGUUACAUAUCAUUUAUUAAAGUUACAAGGUACUAUAUGGCUAAGCAUUUUCAUCUGGUAAUUGUAACGGCACCCUCAACAUCAAAUAGUCAAACCGCCGUUUAGUUAAUCCUCCCCGCUCGCACUGCUGUAAACACCAUUCGUAUAGACUCCCCUCGUACGAACUGCAAGUAGGGGAAGGCGCUAACCUCACGAACGGGACCUGUAUGGAUACUCCAGCUCUCGAGCGGUAAACCCACGAAUCGCUGCUAACAGCCGAAUCAAUAUAUCUCCCAAGCGGCUUACGGUUCCAGCAAUCAGUCGCUAUUCGUGUGUAGUAAAUCCCCCCACUAACGAGACCAAGCUCCGCAUUGAGGGUAAAACAAGAACUGGGCUUACUGUGGGCUACCCGCCCGUAUUUAUGCAGGUCUCCCACUUGGACACACCAAAUGGGAGACUGUAAUGGCAGAUGGACAUACAGCAUUUCAGGACAUACAGGCACAUAAGAUUCCCAGCAUGCAUCAUGGUUUCAUCCUCUCUGCCCUGGAGAUAAUUGAGAAGUAAUUCAAUUAUCUCCCAGGACAGAGGCAAAUCGCCAUUUUAGAUGAAACAUAAAAACCACAUAAAAAUACAUAAUUAUACAACUACCGAAUAUACUCCAUUCGUGCAACGUAUCCCCAGAUAGCCUGGAUCUGAGUGCAUAUUCUUAGCGAAUAGCGCUCAGAUCCCAUACGCAUAGUUCAAUCGCCAUGGAGUCAAAGUCUUUUACAGUCUUUCGGUAUGCGAUUGACUCCAUGGGAAGGCUAUCUGGGUUAAGUCCAUUCGUGUAGUCCAAACUCCCGAACGGCCGGUGUUCGCAUGCUUUUGUCGACUGAGAAGGGCGAUCUGUGAUUUUAGUGGUGUUCGGCAGAAAAAGUGUCCGUUUUUAGUUCCAUGGAAUCUGUGCCGAACACCGCUGGUCCUUCGAACGGUUUAAAAUGGCCGCCGUCUCGUGGUCGAAAUACAAACGACGACCACCCUGUAUUUGGUUAUAAUUGAGAGGUGUCUGCGGUUAACCACAAAGUUCUAAUUGGGAUCAAGAGGUUAACCAGCAGCACACUUCUCUUCUGGGUGGCCGUCCGUUCGGUAAGUUCAUUUGGUAAAAACGUCAAAUAAACGAACAGGGGCAUACGGACAGGUAAUUUCACGAAAAGAGGCAAAACAGACGAACCAGCAAUCUUAGUCUAUACAGAUGGUUCUGUCACAGUAAUCAAUUACACAGUUGACAUUAUUAUUUCUAUGUACUUUCAUGCCUCAUUCAGCCUACAGCAUAUAACAAUUUAUAACUGUAUGAACAAGUUGUCAAUCCUAUAUGGUUCUCUAAUAAAAAUAAAUCUGUUUAUGGUAUGUUCUAAUAUAUAUGAUAGGUUCUGUAAUAAUAAGUUGCCUUGGCCUUUCCAGGCAAUAUGCGUUUUAUUUGCAUGAUCACAUUUGACUAGCCGUCACUAAACUAGCAUAGGAGGGAUAGUUACAUCCACUUUUACAAUCUAUAAAUAUAUAGACCACCCGGUUACGUUACUGUUUUAUUAAAUUAGAAUCAUUCUUAAAAGUAUUAUAUUCUUCUUUUUUUUUUUUUUUUUAAGUAAUUGGCCCUCAUUGCAGCCUCACAUCCGCUACAAACAUCGGACCCUCACUGGGCAAUCCUUCCAUCUCACUAAAACGGUACCUAUUCAUUAACUUUACAAACACAUUCAGCAUUUCAUAUGGCUAUAUCAUAACAGAUUACAAUGCGCUUACUGGGCAUACAUACAUCUGGCGCUCAUUUGGCCUUGCUACUUCAAUAUACCAUACAUUACGAUCACUACCAUAUGAUCACAACCUAACGUCACACUUACAAAUACCGAGACAAUCUUGAGACAUACUACUAAUAGUGCAAGAUACGUAGAUUCUCCAAUAUACAACCUAUACAUUACAUGGUCCUGCAAGGCCAACACUCAUCCUCACGCAGAGGUAUUUGCCCAUCGGCCUAACUCAUAGUUAGAGCCUUGCAAUACCCGGUCUGGGUUUAUAGUCAGGCCCUCACCAGUCAUGGACAAUCAUAUAGAGUUUGUUACAAGUCACCGAGAGGCCAACGUUCCCACCACAUUGUUUUGGUUGGUCGGCCCCAUGGCCAAAUGAUAGUUAGUGCCUCUCACACCCGUUUAUCAAUUAGCAGGGCCUCAUAUUUCCAUUGUUUAGUUAAUUUCUUUGCCACUCGGCACUUAGUAAGUUGCCAGUUGAAUUAGAGUUGCACGCUCAACAACUUCUCUUACAAUAUUUACAUGAUCUCAUUUGUCAUAGUAUGUCUCACACCUCAGAACAAGGUGAGGAUUUCUCCCUCCCCAGGACACCAGCUAGACCCUUCACACCUGCCAGGCCAAGCACACCGGUGGAGAGCCAGGAACCCCCCAUCCCAGUUCUCUGCGAUUCUGGACCAUUCCAAAGAUUGCAGCCAAGCUAAGGCAUAGAGACAUACCAUUACUAGCUAUAGCUAGGAAAGCUGAACUAUACAGACUUGUUAUGGCUAACCCAGACACUCCCCAACCAGGGAAGGAGACAAGUCUAUAAUGCAUGCUAUGAUAACAUCCAUACUAUCCGGGGCCGUCCAGUCCAUUUUGCCGCCCCGGCCGUUAGGGGCCAGGCCGCCUCUGCUGCAUAUAUAAAUGCAGCAGACUGAUCUGGUGAAUGCUAGAAACCUUGUGCUCCCCCAUCUUCCGUUUGAGCAUGCCCCACAGGUGUUCAAUAGGGUUUAGGACUGGAGACAUGCUUGUCCAGUCCAUCACCUUUACCUUCAACUUCUUUAUCAAGGCAGUGGUCGUCUUGGAGGGUUGUCUUCAGCCCAGUCUCCGAAGGGAGGGUAUCAUGCUCUGCUUCAGUAUGUCACAGUACAUAUAUAAUGAACUGUAGCUCCCCAGUGCCGACAGCACUCAUGCAGGCCCAGACCAUGACACUCCCACCACCAUGCUUGACUGUAGGCAAGAUUACACACUUGUCUUUGUACUCCUCUCCUGGUUGCCACCACACAUGCUUGACAUCAUCUGAAACAAAUAAGUUUAUCUUGGUAACAUCGGACCACAGGACAUGGUUCCAGUAAUCCAUGUGCUUAGUCUACUUGGCUUCAGCACACUGUUUGCGGGCUUUCUUGUGCAGCAUCUUUAGAAGAGGCUUCCUUCUGGGACAACAGCCAUGCAGACCAAUUUGAUGCAGUGUGCGGCAUAUGGUCUGAGCACUGACAGGCUGACCCCCCACCCCUUCAAUCUCUGCAGCAAUGCUGGCAGCACUCAUACGUCUUUUUCAGAAAGACAACCUCUGGAUAUGACGCUGAGUAUGUGCACUCAACUUCUUUGGUCAACCAUGGUGAUGCCUGUUCUGAGUGGAACCUGUGAAAUUGCUGUGUGAUCUUGCCCACCGUGCUGUAGCUCAGUUUCAGGGUCUUGGCAAUCUUCUUAUAGCUUAGGCAAUCUUUAUGUAGAGCAACAAUUCUUUUUUUCAGAUCCUCAGAGUUCUUUGCCAUGAGGUGCCAUGUUGAACUUCCAGUGAACAGUAUGAGAAAGUGUGAGAGCGAUAACACCAAAUUUAACACACCUGCUCCCCAUUCACACCUGAGACCUUGUAACACUAACGAGUCACAUGACACCGGGGAGGGAAGUUUGGCUAAAUGGGCCCAAUUUGGAAAGGACAGCAAAUUUACAUUUAUACAGGCUGUACACUUACUACUUGUAGCAGAGUGUCAUUUCUUCAGGGUGGUCACAUGAAAAGAUAUCAUAAAAUAUAUACAAAAAUGUGAGAGGUGUACUCACUUUUGUGAGAUACUGUAUAUAUGUUUGAGUUAAAGCUUCCUUAUGUAUGUGUAUCAAGUACUUUGAUCUGCUUGUCUAAGGAAGAAGAUGUGGCAUUGUAUUGCCCUCACCAUGUGGUGGCGCUGUGAUAACAUUCUUCUUUCUCUCCCCAGACUUCCAACACAAUGUCCUGGGCUCUGUAUAAUCUGGCACAAAACACGGAGAUACAGGACCAGCUUUAUAAAGAGGUGACAGGGAUUGUUCCAGGAGAAACUAUACCCACUGCGGAGGACAUCGCGAAGAUGCCACUGCUGAAGGCUGUCAUUAAAGAAACACUGAGGUAGGUUCUCUUUGAAUUUAGUCACAAUGCCCAUCACAUUUAUAGGAACACUGGGGUAAUGUAGUUUCUGUAAGAUCAAGUACAUAUAUGAAAAAAAAAACAUAAAUGAAAAAGUCACAUAACUACUGUUGCAAAAAAAAAAAAAAGUGAACUUGAAGUUAAAAAUCUUUCUGUUGUCAUUAUGAAACUCCUGAACGUCAUUCACCUCCCACAGCCGCUUCCUGUGAGUGCCUUGUGAACUGAACGUCUGAAUGGGAAAAUUCAAGCUAUAACAGUGAAAGUAGGAGAAUUGUGCGGAAUCGGAUAUUUCCUUACUUGAAAUUUGCCAUUCGAAUCUGAAUUCACUACAGUUAGAUUUCAGAGAAUACACUCACAGCAUUCUCAGUCAAUCUGUGAGCUAGAAUUAGAUGUUUAGAAGAAAACAAAAUAGAAAAAUGUAUUUGUUUUUUAAAACACAUUUUUAGAAAUCUGUCCAAUGUUUAGUUAUGAUGAUACAGAUCCAAAGAAUGAUUAAAGGUAACAUUUACAAGAGAAUGGAUUCAUUUAUUGUGCUGUCUGUUUUUAGGAUGUUCCCCGUUGUGCCAAUCAAUGCCAGAGUUGCUGUUGAGAACGAUAUAAUCCUGGGGGAUUUUUGCUUCCCAAAAGGAGUAAGUGAAAUGUAUCAAUGUGCAGUGAGUGGCACACCCACAACACUGAAGGCAUCUCCCACUUAGAAUCACAUUAAAUGCCAGUAGUUAUUGUUACCAUCGUAUACCUUGUAUUAACAGGAUAACCUUUCUUAGUUCCCCAAGCACAUUACUUGUAGUGCGGCAGCUGCUUCCGCUGUACAACUAUUUCAGAGCAUAUUAUAGGAGGACUGUACUGCCACAGAGACAUGCAGCGUGGAAAUACCAUAUGAAAGUAGUUUAAUUCAUGAUUAACAUAUGAGAUUAGUUCUGAGGUAUUUCCCCGUCUUGGGAAUAGAGACACGGAGUGGGUGAAACUAUUCUGAUGAUAAUCUAUACUGUUAUUGAAUCAGCUAUUCAUCCAUUAUGGAGUACAGGCCAGUGAGACCUUGGCUACAAUAACAUCAAUCUCAGUCACCAAUGAGGCAAACAGUAACAUUACUACAGUGGGGGAAAAUUAACCCCUUAGUACAGGUUAUAAGCCACCCAGUUCUUGAAUUCUAUAAAUUUGUCAGUAAAAUAUUGUGAGCGUAAAGGUGGAAUAGUGGUUGAUGGGAGAUACAUCAGACCUGAUUUGCUAAACAGCAACCAGAGGAUUUUCAGUUAAAUGCCCCAGGGAGAGAGGUUAAAGUUUGCAAUAUGCAUAGCUGAUGCUCUGCAAAACCUGGUAUGGGUCCCUGGGGUGGAGUAUUUGGAGAGCAGGGUGGGCCAAUGCUCCAACAGCAUUAGUUGCUGUGUAACAGACCACUAUUUGGAUCUGACUUACGAGUUAGUUAAUUGGCACUCACCUGUAGCCAGUCAAUUAGUAGACAGGCCUUAAAAAGAAGAGGGCAGCCUGCUGCAGAGUGAGGGAGAAAAAGACAGCUAGGAGAGAUUCUGUUUAUUGCAAAGCCAUUUCUUUUGUUUGGAAAAUUGGUAAGUGGGAAAGCCACCCAAUUGCAGAUAGUAAUUCAUGUCUAGUAAGAGCUCAAGUAAGAGCAAGGGAUUUUGUUUGUUUUUGUUAUUAUUUAAGCACCUGUUUCUUACUGAAUAAAAAGGAAAACUGAGCUGAAUGUGUCCUGGACUUUGUAUACCCUAGAAGGCUGUAGUUACUGCAAGAUCUGUGACAAUCCUACCUAUAAAAGAGGUGGUUUGUUACAUAUGGUGGAGAAUGCGGGCAGCCACGUAAGCCUGAGGGUAGAAGUCAUUUAAAGCUCAACAUGGAGGAUGUUAUCAAGGCUCUGAUCCAAUCCACCUCUGUGCAACAGGAGGCUAACAGGAGAGCUGCAGAAAACAGUGCAGCCCUGCAGCAACUGGUGCUGGCCCAGGCAGAGUGUGCUAAAGUCCUGGCCAAAACACAAAUGGAGUGCACUGAGUCCUUGGUGAAACAGCUUGUUGUGACACAAGCGGAGAUGUUUAAAGUAGCCCGUGAGGAGCAGCAAAAAGUCACCCAGGGACUACAACAGGAAAUCCAAGCUAUCUCUGAAAAACUGAAUGGAGACCCUGAUGGAAGAUACCAGGGGCCAAAGGUGAUUCGGGCGAGCCACUAUCUUCAGAAAAUGACCGCAUCAGAUGAUGUUGAGGCGUACCUUCUGGCAUUUGAGCGCACUGCUGAGAGGGAGGGAUGGCCGGCUGGUGAAUGGGCAAGCAUACUGGCACCGUUCCUAAGUGGAGAGCCGCAGAAGGCAUAUUAUGACCUAGAACCAGCCGAUGCAAGUAUCUACAGCAAAUUGAAAGCUGAAAUCUUGGCACGACUGGGUGUAACCUCUGCAGUACGUGCCCAAAGGUUCUACUCAUGGUCAUAUUCUUCAGACAAAGCCACACGUUCCCAAAUGUUUGACCUCAUACACCUUGCACGGAAAUGGUUACAACCUGAAAUCCAUUCAGCUAGCCACAUUGUGGAAACCUUAGUUAUGGACCGGUUUUUGCGUGGUUUACCAGCUUCCUUGCGUCGCUGGGUCAGCCAAAGUGACCCCCAUACAGCUGACCAACUGAUUGUCUUGGUGAACCUGUGGCUGAUUAGCUCAACAAAAUGACCUUAUUUUUGGGGUGCUGAAGGUCCGUUAAGGAACCGAUUUUAGGGUUGUAUCAUCGAUGACUGCGAGAAGGCUGCAGCCGGAUUAGAUCUGUGUCUCCAGAUUGGUUUGUGGAAAGUCUGGAAUUUACUACAUGUUCUAAUUUUUAAACUGAUCUUUCGUACUGCUGAACACGGGAGGUUUCAGCUUUUGAUGGCAUUAGAAUUGGCAUUAGAAUUGUGUUAUAAAUGUGUAGGAGAACAUUUUAAGUGUUAUGAGUAUGCAAUUAUUCUAAAUGUUUUGGAGUUGAAUUGUGGCAGUUGAUAUCAAUAAGCAUUUAGUGAUAAUAAUAUUACUAAAUAUUGGUAGCCUGGUUUGAAGGAUUAUCUGAGGUUUAUUGGAUUUGUGGAGUGCACAUUUUGGAUUUCGGCAAAUACCUGAGCAUAUUUGUAUUCCAGUAUUAUUUAACCUUUUGAUGGUGGGGUGAUUGGAUGUUAGAUGUAAUGUGCAAAUAGCAUAGAAAGUGCUUUCAUAUCUAGAUACCUAAGGUGGGAAAUAACCCUGUGAUAUAAAAUAAGGGCCCCCUCUAGGGGUCCCAUAACAACUGUGAAAUUGGGGGUGACACCGAGCAUCCCGAGGUUUGGAGGGGUUACUCCUGGAGGCCCCGGUAUGAAAGGGAAGGAGGAGGGUGGUAGUGGGGGACGCCCCUCGGGGGUGAGUGGGAGUACAGGAGGGAUUGGGGGAAGCCCAGAGAAAAGUGUUAGUGCCCAGGAGCUUAAGGAGCAAGGCAAUCGUCUGUUUGUGGCUCGCAAAUAUCAGGAGGCGGUGUCCUGUUAUAGCAAAGCAAUAACCCGGAACCCCUCCAUUGCUGUCUACUAUACAAACAGAGCUCUAUGCUACCUGAAAAUGCAGCAGCUGGAUAAGGCCCUGGCAGACUGCAAACAUGCCCUGGAGUUGGAUUGCCAGUCUGUGAAGGCUCACUUCUUCUUGGGGCAGUGCCAGAUGGAACUGGAUAAUUACGACGAGGCCAUCGGCAAUCUGCAGAGAGCAUAUAACUUGGCCAAAGAGCAACGGCUAAAUUUUGGAGAUGAUAUCCCCAGCGCACUGAGGAUUGCCAAAAAGAAACGUUGGAACAAUAUAAAGUCAGACAACCAGGAAGAAGAAAGCCUGAACAGUUGUAUCAUAUAAAUCUGUUAAAGCCAUGGAAGGACAGGGAGGUCCUGGUUGCUUUAAAAACUUCAGUACCUCCUAUAGUAGAGCCAGAGGUGAACGUAUCUGAGACUCUGUCUGUACAUCAAAAGCAAGAGGUCAGAGACUUCAUCAGAAGAAAUAGGGAUGUUUUCUCGGUAGUUCCAGGAAAGACUAAGGUGAUUAAACAUGACAUAAUAACCGAACCAGGGAAAAGAGUUAAUCUCAAACCCUAUAGAAUUCCUGAGGCCCGGAGGGAGGUUAUAAGCUUAGAGGUUGAGAGCAUGUUAAAACUUGGAGUCAUUGAAGAAUCCCAGAGUAACUGGAGUAGUCCUAUUGUAUUGGUGCCAAAACCUGAUGGCACAUGGAGGUUCUCUAACGACUACCGCAAGUUAAAUGCCAUCUCAAAAUUUGAUGCUUACCCAAUGCCCAGAGUUGAUGAUGAGUUAAUAGAAAGGCUGGGUAAAGCUAGUUAUCUAACAACCUUGGAUUUAACAAAGGGUUACUGGCAGGUCCCUCUCACUGAAAGAGCCAAAGAAAAGACAGCCUUUUCAACACCCAGUGGCCUGUUUCAGUACACUGUAUUGCCAUUUGGGUUACAUGGGGCACCUGCCACAUUCCAACGAAUGAUGGACAGAAUUCUUAAACCUCAUGUUCGUUAUGCUGCAGCAUACUUUGAUGAUGUCGUCAUCCACGGUGCAGACUGGGAAUCCCACCUCCCCAAAGUUCAAGCGGUGCUUGAUGCUAUCCGCUCAGCGGGCUUAACUGCCAAUCCUUCCAAGUGUACGAUUGGUUUAGAGGAAGCUAAGUACUUAGGUUAUUCUAUUGGGAGGGGUUUGGUUAAACCACAGGAAGCCAAAGUAGAAGCCAUACAAAAAUGGCCACAUCCCCUUACAAAGAAACAAGUAAAGGCAUUUCUGGGUUUAAUUGGAUAUUUUAGGCGGUUCAUUCCAGAUUUUGCUACCAUUGCUGCACCCCUAACAGACCUUAUUAAAGCAAAAUCCCCAGUCAUAGUUAAAUGGUGCCCUGAGGCAGAAAAGGCUUUUAAGAGUCUGAAGGAAGCUAUCUGUAGCCAUCCUGUCUUGGUGACCCCAGAUUUUUCCAGGAACUUUAUAGUUCAGACAGAUGCUUCUGAUGUUGGCUUGGGGGCUGUUCUUUCACAGGAAUACCAGGGUGAAGAACACCCGGUUUUCUUUUUGAGCAGGAAGUUAAACCCACAUGAGAAGAACUACUCUAUUGUUGAAAAAGAGUGUCUUGCUAUUAAGUGGGCAUUAGACUCUCUUAAAUACUACCUGCUAGGCAGAAAGUUCCGAUUGAUAACUGACCAUGCACCUCUGACAUGGAUGUAUCAGAACAAGGAAAAUAACUCCAGAGUAACCAGAUGGUUUUUGAGUUUACAAUCUUUUAAUUUCACUGUGGAACACAGGGCUGGUCUGCAACAAGGUAAUGCUGAUGGGUUUUCGAGGGUACACUCCCUGAUUUCCAUGGUCGCUCAAACCCAUGGGUAUGAGCUGGGGGGGAGGAUAUGUGAGCGUAAAGGUGGAAUAGUGGUUGAUGGGAGAUACAUCAGACCUGAUUUGCUAAACAGCAACCAGAGGAUUUUCGGUUAAAUGCCCCAGGGAGAGAGGUUAAAGUUUGCAAUAUGCAUAGCUGAUGCUCUGCAAAACAUGGUAUGGGUCCCUGGGGCGGAGUAUUUGGAGAGCAGGGUGGGCCAAUGCUCCAACAGCACUAGUUGCUGUGUAACAGACCACAAUUUGUAUCUGACUUAAGGGUUUACUAAUUGGCACUCACCUGUAGCUAGUCAAUUAGCAGACAGGCCUUUAAAAGAAGAGAUCAGCCUGCUGCAGGGUGAGGGAGAAAAAGACAGCUAGGAGAGAUUCUGUUUAUUGCAAAGCCAUUUCUUUUGUUUGGAAAAUUGGUAAGUGGGAAAGCCACCCAAUUGCAGAUAGUAAUUCAUGUCUAGUAAGAGCUCAAGUAAGAGCAAGGGAUUUUGUUUGUUUUUGUUAUUAUUUAAGCACCUGUUUCUUACUGAAUAAAAAGGAAAACUGAGCUGAAUGUGUUCUGGACUUUGUAUACCCUAGAAGGCUGUAGUUACUGCAAGAUCUGUGACAAUCCUACCUAUAAAAGAGGUGGUUUGUUACAAUAUAUAUAAAAUACAAGAUAAUGGGGUGCAUAUCAGAUUACCCGUACUUUGUUCAUUACAUUUCACAGGUAAUAUAGUUAUGAUUUCAGUUAAUCCUAUCUAGUUUAUGGUCCAUGCCACAGGGAGUUUCCCAUCUGUGAAAUAUUCUUUGUAAUUGAAGGCAUUAACAAAUGUACAAUGCCAUGCUGCCCCUUCAGACACGUUCACAUGUUUUUUUGUCUAUUUGCAGACCCUCUUUGCCCUGGCUCACUAUCUUACAGGUCGAGAGGAUGGCAACUUUCCUGACCCCAACAAAUUCAUUCCUCAACGAUGGUUUCGGGAUGAGCGAGUCAAGAAUAACCCUUUCAGUUCAAUUCCUUUCGGGUAUGGCGUUCGAGCCUGUGUAGGACGGCGGAUCGCAGAGCUGGAAAUGCACUUGGCGUUAUCUCGGGUAAAUGCGCAAUACGACCAUAUUUAUUGCUGAGGUCAUACCGACCUAAACCGCUAUGUCUCUCAUGAAACAUAAUGACAUAAUAUAUGCAAUAUUGUAUCUGCAAAAAUGUUUUAAUGAAUCUUUAAACAAUCAUUAUUAGAUUUACUGAUCCCUUAUAUUCAACACUUAUGUGUUUUGUGAGGUCUGAAAAAAAAUAGAAUUAAAUGUAGAAAUCCACACCUCUUCAUCCUGUACCAGGACUCCUCCAUCUUAGCUCAAUGUCCAUCAUUGUUAUCAAUGUUGAUCUUUUUACCUGGUAGUGAGUAUACAGAAAGUAUAUAAAGAAGAGGAAAUAGAAAUGAUACAAUGUUUCUAUUUUUGCUCCUCAUUUGCAUUGUGUGCCCUGGCUUUGCCUUAUCUGAACUGGAUUAUGAUGUAAUUUGCUAAAGUCUGUCUGUGUGUGUGUGUGUGUCAUCACAUGACAUAAGGUUAGUGGACUUUGUAAGUGAUUUUAAAUUUUAUUCCAUGGUGUUCACUUUAACAGUUCACUUUAACCCUAAUAAGUGUGCCUGAUAAAUAUGACCAUGCAGCUACAUAUUGCAGACAGUAACUCUGCUGCGUUGAAAUAUUGUCUCUGAAACGUUCCUGGCUAAACCUGUAUCUGGGUCAGAGAUCAGUCUAGUUAAUCAUAUCAAUACACAACUUUUACAACCUGCAGAGAAUAACAGCAACUUUGCUUUUUCACUUAAUGAUAUCACUAAGGGGGGAUGCAUGCAUGCCGUGUCAAUGUGCUGAGCUGAGACUUGCUGCCCGCUGAGAGACAUCAAUGGAACCCUGACACAGGGGAUACAGGGUAUGAGAGAGGCUGCAGGGUGAGAGGAAGGGCAGGAUGUAAGAGGUGACAUGGGGCUGAAAGGUGAGAGGGGGAGCAGUGGCUGCUGGGUGAGAGGUGAGGAGGGGGGUCCUAGUGGGAGUGCUGGGUGGAGGGACAGAAGCUUCUAGGUUAGAGGGGGAAAUAGAGGAUGGAGCGUAUGAGAGGGGGAGACAGGGAAUGCAGGGUACGAGAAGGGGAGACAGGGAAUGCAGGGGAUGAGAAGGGGAAACAGAGAAUGCAGGGUAUGAGAAGGGGAGACAGGGAAUGCAGGGUAAGAGGGGAUUAGGGGCUGCAGGGUGAGAGGGGGACAGGGGCUGCAGGGUAGGGGCUGCAGGGUGAGAGGGAACAGGGGCCGGUGGGAGUGGAGGGCUGCAGAGGAGAGGGGUAGGGGGCUGCAGGGGUGAGAGGGGGGGACAGGGGCUGCAGGGUGAGAGGGAGACACAGGGGCUGCAGGGGUGAGGGGCAGGGCUGCAGGGUGAGAGGGGGGCAGGGGCUGCAGGGUGAGAGGGAGACAGGGGCUGCAAUGUGAGAGGGGGGCAGGGGCGGCAGGGUGAGAGGGUGGGCAGGGGCUGCAGGAUGAGAGGGGAAGACAUGAGGAAGGGGAACAUGGGGCAAUAAAACUUACUAGCAUACUCCCCCAUCCCUCUUCCUUACCUUGAUCCUUGGCAGGAGAGGACGCUGGAGAGGAAUUAUUUUCCCUGGUGAUCCAGUGGAAGAAGAUCUUUGAUCACCCCACCGCACAGAGCUCCCUCUAUGGGCCAGAGGUCAGAUAGCACUAGCCCUAAAGGGGCCGGUCGGGGAGAUCCUUUGAUCUCCUCUGUCAGACUCUGCCUAUGGCCAUCGCGGCCCACCGGCAUAGUGCAUAGUGGAUGGAGGUGGGGGAGAGCCGCUGAGAAAUUUACAAAGACACAGUAUCAGUGGGAUAUUGGUAAUGGAAGUGAAUGUAUAUUAUAUAUGUUUUGUGGGCGGUUAUAUUGCACAGAGAAGUAGAAUUUAUAGAGUCAAUAUAAUAAAACAGGUGGAUUUAAGUAUCAUUGGUCUAGAAUGCUAGAUUGAACAGGUCUGUAUUUUUUUUUUUUUUUUUUAAAUCAAUAGAUAUAGGUUUUAAUGGGAUUUGAUAACUUAGAUAAAAUGGUGCGUUCUAUGAAACAUAAUAAAGUAGGGAAAAUAAUGAUACCCUCCUCCCCCCUCCCUUUAGGAGAUCAUCACAGGAAAGUAUAAAUUUGAGGAGGUUUUUUAUAGUAAUAUCACUUUAAUUAUUAAUUGUCUAUGGAACACACAUACAACAUGCACUGUGAGUUUAUACACAAUAGUAUUAUUUUUCUGAACUACUACAUCAGUUUUGCAUUGUGUAUAUUUGAAGUGCUCUUGCAGUAGAUUGUUGGAGUGCACUGUUUAGUUUCUGGCACAUUGGAAUUGGUGUGGGGAUAAGUAAGAUAGAACGGUCAUAUUUUGGAUGUGAAGGGAAAGGUUGGACUUUAUAUUAUAAGUGAGGACCCCCGGGAUAACUGGGAUGUGUGUGUGUGUGUUUAUUUUUUUCUCUCCUCUAGAGGUGGGGGGAGGUUGGGGGGGACACACACCAAGGGAAAUUGUACAGGUUGCGAGGGGAGAGAUCGGGAAGUGUGAGGGAAGGGAAAGAGAAGGGAAUACAAUAAAAAAAAAAUCAUGAUUUACUAUAGAACAGACACAGGGUAUGCAUUGUGAGUUUAUAUAUAACAGUAUUAUCACUGUAAUUGUUUGGUUUUGCCAUUUUUGUAUUUUUCUGAAUUGUGCUUACCACAUCACUUUAGCAUGGUACUGAACAUCAGAUAUUUAUCUAAAAGUCAUUUUAAAACUCUAUUGAAUUGUGUUUAUUUUAAAACAUUUAACAUAUUUUGGAUUAUUUUCUGUAAAUGAAUGCGGUAUUACCCUUUAAUCCCAGGUUGUUGUCCUUGCUGUUAACCAAUGCUAAUCCUUAUCUGAGUGUUUGUGUGACAAUUCUUCUUUCUUUGACAGAUUAUGCAGAAGUAUGAGGUGAAACCCGACCCCAAGGGUGGAAACAUUAGAGCCAUGGCCAGGCUAGUCUUGGCGCCAAAUAAACCCAUAAACUUGCAGUUUCUGAAGAGGAUGCCACUGUCUCCAUCAUGA